GCCCGCGGCCUUUUCCCGCCCACUCCCCACUUCCAGCAGGGAUCUUCGCGCGUGCUGUGGUCUGUACGGCUCUCGCUGACGGGACAACUUUCCUUUAAUGACUUUCAAGAAAGCUGGGCUACAAAGUGGCAAAAGGUGAUGCUUCUAGCCCUGUGGGCAUUGGAACUGUGAUCCCUGACGUAAGCCAGUAUCCUAGUAUUUUUGGCCAGCAGGUGUGAGCAGUGGUUAAGUGGCUUCCAGGAAGGAGGAUCAUCAAGGCCUACCUGCGGCUCCUAGCCCAGCUCCGACCGUCAUGGGACAGGAGUGAAGGUGGAAGUGGUCUCCAGGAAGCAGGAUGCCAGUGCCUCUGGGGAAACUGGUCCUUUUUACCAGUAUGACGAGUGGGGGCUGUGCCCUUGUGUAUUACCUCAUACAAAAAACUUUUUCCAGGGCUUCCUAUUACCAGUUGGCAUUGGAACAGCUGCAUAGCCACCCAGAGGCCCUGGAAGCUCUGGGCACCCCUCUCAACAUUCACCAUCUUCAACUCACUGACAAGUACAACUUUGUGGACAUUGCCAAUGCCCAGUUGAAGAUUCCUGUCUCUGGAUCCAAGUCAGAGGGCCAUCUCUAUGCCAGCUCAUCCAGAGAUGCCCCCUUUAAGAGGUGGCACCUUGAAGAGGUCUUCUUAGAGCUCAAGGAUGGUGAGCAGAUUCCUGUGUUCAAGAACAGUGGGGAAAAUGGUAAUGAAGUAAAACAGGAGCAAAGGUGAUUAAAAAGACCCAUCUUUCUCCAAGCACGGCCUUCCCCCAUCACCAUGUACCCUCCAUGGCUUUAAGCCAGUUUUCCAGCCACCAGGAGGAUGAUUGUAUAUGCUGGCAUAUGGUAAUUUUGGUAUAAUUCUAAUCUGACAUUGAAUACUAUUGAAGUUUUACUUAAUUAAAAAGAAACGUUUACUGUAAGUUUAUAAUUAUUUGACAAUUCUCUGUACAAAAGCACAGAAUAAAAGAAAUCAUUAUUAA